AUGUCUGCUGCUGGAUCAGCUGCUUGGAGACAGGCUUCCCGCGCCUGCUCAAGGCGUUUGUCUUCCCAGGGUGCCUUCACCGCUCCGCGUCGCUCCCUCGCCACCGGUUUCCGCGGUGCCCGCACCUAUGUCACCGAGACCAAGGCCGGACAGGCCCAGGUCAAUGUUGAGACUGCUAUCAAGGAGGAGCAAAAGUCGUUUAUGAAACAGACGGGUGUGGCGCCACAAGAUGUCACUUUGCCCACCUCAGGAGCGUCGGCGGAUGCGGCGAUGAGUCCCACGGCAGGCAUCCUGAAGCAGGCGACUGUGAUGGAUCAAGGGACCCGUCCCAUCUACCUCGAUAUGCAAGCGACGACUCCUCUCGACCCCCGUGUGCUCGACGCGAUGCUGCCAUUUAUGACCGGCAUCUAUGGAAACCCGCAUUCACGUACCCACGCUUACGGCUGGGAGACAGAGAAGGCGGUUGAGCAGGCCCGUGAACACAUUGCCAAGCUGAUCGGAGCGGAUCCCAAGGAGAUCAUUUUCACCAGCGGGGCCACUGAGAGUAACAACAUGAGUCUGAAGGGUGUCGCACGUUUCUUUGGUCGGUCGGGGAAGAAGAAGCACAUCAUCACCACUCAGACCGAGCACAAGUGUGUUUUGGACAGCUGCCGGCAUCUGCAGGAUGAGGGCUUCGAGGUCACUUAUCUGCCAGUGCAGAAUAGCGGUCUCAUUCGCAUGGAGGACUUGGAGGCCGCCAUGCGUCCGGACACGGCGAUUGUCAGUGUCAUGGCGGUGAACAACGAAAUUGGUGUCAUUCAGCCCAUGGAGGAAAUUGGCAAGCUGUGCCGAUCAAAGAAGAUCUUCUUCCACACCGAUGGUGCUCAAGCUGUCGGCAAGAUCCCACUGGAUGUGAACAAGUUGAAUAUCGAUCUCAUGUCCAUUUCGAGUCACAAGAUUUACGGUCCCAAGGGUAUUGGCGCCUGUUACGUUCGCCGUCGUCCCCGUGUUCGUUUGGACCCUAUCAUCUCGGGAGGUGGCCAGGAACGUGGUCUUCGCAGUGGUACCUUGGCUCCUCACCUGGUGGUGGGCUUUGGCGAAGCAUGCCGUAUCGCCUCGCAAGAUAUGGAGUAUGACAACAAGCAUAUCGAGCGCCUGUCAAAGCGUCUUCGCGACGGUCUUCUCAGCAUGGAGCACACGACCCUUAAUGGUGACCCCGAGGCUCACUACCCUGGUUGCGUGAACAUCUCUUUCGCCUACGUCGAGGGUGAGUCUCUUUUGAUGGCCUUGAAAAACAUUGCCCUGUCCUCGGGUAGUGCCUGCACCUCUGCUUCUCUGGAACCAAGUUACGUCUUGCGUGCCUUGGGAAGUAGCGACGAGAGCGCCCAUAGCAGUAUCCGCUUCGGAAUUGGUCGUUUCACCACCGAUGCCGAGAUCGACUACGUUCUCAAGACGGUCCAGGACCGUGUGGAUUUCCUGCGCGAGCUGAGUCCCCUCUGGGAAUUGGUUCAGGAGGGACACGAUCUGAACACCAUUGAGUGGAGUCAACACUGA